AUCAACCUCCCUGCAGAAGGAGAAGCACUUCGUUGGCAACGUUUCCGGUCCAUACGCGUUUAGUAUUUGCCACCCUGAUUAUCAGUAUAGUCCAACAUUGUAUUGGAAUAAAUAUAACUGCAGAAGAGGCGCACAGCACGCCUGGCGCACUGCCUUUGCGUGGAAUCCAGCAAAAAUGUCGAGUUUGGCUGCUGCCAGAGCGGACAACUUUUACUAUGCACCGGAUUUCGACCCCAAAAAGCAUAAAAGUCUCAACAAGUACAAUGGCCAGCACCCGCUGCGGGAGCGGGCCGCCAAGCUGGACCAGGGUAUCCUGGUCAUCCGCUUCGAGGUGCCCUUCAACAUCUGGUGCGACAAGUGCGGCGAGCACAUUGCCAAGGGCGAGCGCUUCAAUGCGGAGAAGAAGGCCAUUGGCAACUACCACUCCACCAAGAUCCUGCAGUUCAGCAUGACGCACCACUGCGGCUGCACCAUCUGCAUUCAGACCGACCCCAAGAAUGCCGAGUACAUUGUGGUGGAGGGCGCGAGGAAGAAGGUUGAGACGUACUCGGCCAAGGCCGCGGGCGUCAUGGAGCUGCCGGACGAGGCGGAGAAGGAGCGGCGCGACAAGGACCCGCUGUACCGCCUGGAGUACCAGCAGGGCGCCAAGGCCAAGGCGCUCACCGGCGCUGCCCGUGUCGCCGCCAUCCAUGACAUGGCCGACGACCGCGCCGCCGACCCCUACGCCCUCAACAAGGCGCUGCGGGCCAGCCUGCGUGCCGAUAAGAGGGCGGCGGCGGCGGCGGACGCUGAGCGGCGCGCGCUUGGGCUGCACGAGAGCGUUCGGCUGCUGCCGGCGAGCGAGGGAGACGCAAUUGCCGCGCAGACUGCGUUCCUGACGAGCUCUGCGCGCGCGGAGGCCGGCGCGGAGGCCAAACGGAAGCGCAUCCUGGAGCAGGACAUAUUCAGUAGCGGCCGCGGCGGCGGCGGCGACGGCAGCAGCACCGCAGCCGGCAUCGCGCCAACUCCCGGCGGGGCGCACAAAGCCGGCAUUCGGAGCAUCAGCCAGGCCGGUGCCUCCACCGCCGCUCUUGGCACUUCUGCUGCUGCCAUGACGCGGCCACAGCACGCGGUGCCAGCGGGCGGGAGCAGACGGGAACACGACGCGGACGGGCCGCCGCCGGCAAAGCGCCAGGCGGUGAGUUGGGCGGCGGUGGUGGCGACGGCGGCGCCGAGCCGGCUUCACGCAAGCUCCUCGUCAGAACCAGGCGCUGCAGCGCCAGCCGUCUCGGCAACAGCGGCGGUGGCGCCGGCGGCUCGCAGCGGUGGAGCGUCACUGCCCAGCGGCCGUGUCGGCGGCGGGGAGACAGGGAUAAACAUGGGAAGCGAGACGGCGGUUGUGACAGGACCGUCGUCGGUGGCUGCACGGUCACUAGGAGGGCGGCAAGAACGCGCAGGCAGGUCGGCAGCGGCGGAGGCGCUGGCGUCGUCAUACGCUGCUGUGGCGGCUCGGGGCGUGUCAGAAUCUGGGCCAGGGACUGGUGCGGGCACGGGGGCGGGGCCAUGUGCAAUGUCGGGCAGCUCGCGACGGAGCACUGGUGGCGGCGGCGCCAGUAGCGCAGGCGGUGGUGCGGGCGGCAGUGGCGGGGUGGUCGGUGCCAGCAGGGCAGUCACGGCCAAUCAGGGUGCUGUGGGUGGUGCGGCCGCCGCGGGCUCCUCCCGGCCGCCGCCAGGGGCAGGCGCGCUGGCGGCGGCCGCACAAGCCGCGGCGCGGAGGAAGCUGCACGGCGGCCGGGCGGCGAGCUCGCACCACACAGCAGCAGCAGCAGCAGCAGGGGCACGGCCGCACUCGGCGGGUGCGCUGGGAGCAGGGGCUGCAGCGGGAGCCAGCGGCGGCGGCUUGAAGCGCACCCUGAAGGACAGGGCAGCGGAGCUGCAGCAGCGGCGGGGCGGUGGCGGAGCUGGCCUGAUGGGCUUCAGCGCGCCGUGCGCGCCGAUGUGAUGAGGAGCUCAUGGCCGCGGCUACGGUCGCUAUCGGAUGCGGCUACGACUGGGCCGUGGUGCCUAGAGUGUAGUAGUGAGGUGGACGGGCGUGGGCGAAAGGUUACAGGGCAUGGGUGAUGGGGUUCUUGUAAGCCUGCAGUAUGUUCUCAUCAGGACCUAACUUUUGCGGGUCAACGUUGGCGCAAGCCGCGGGUACCACAUGUUGGCCUGUGGUAGAUUCUAUUGAUCGCAAAAAGGCGGCAGGGCAUACGGUUUGCCACAUCAGGCACCGGCGGGGCCCGCCCGCGGGAUUCCUGGCAGCAGGCUGGGAGUGGCACCAGGCACAUUGUUGGGCCCAAUUCGGCGCAGCGGGGAGGACCUCUGGCAGAUGCAGUGCACUAUGUUCCACUCCUUUUGUCAUAGCCGUCAACUGUUGCAGCAUGUAGCACCCUGAAUACGGUGUCGCGAACACCCAGCCCCUGCUGAUCAAUCAAAUUGAAACGGAAACACUUCCGUGACCGGUCUGGGCAGCUGCCGUUGCUCCAGAUCUCCCGGUGGUACGCCCAGAGGUAUCCAGACACGAUGGCCGGCUGGCGUCCUGUUGUAUCAUGUACGUAGCACUUUGAAGGUCGGCUGUCAACCAGGGGGUAGGUGUUUCUCUCUGGGCCGGAGAUGGCUCGCGGUGUGGGUGCGGUGUGAUGGCUCGCGGUGUGGGUGCGGUGUGCCCCCGCUUGUCCCUUCAUUUGUAACCUCGCAUCCAUAGUCGGGUGCCCAAGGGCUGCCAGGCUGUAUCGUCAAGCAAGGGGAGUAGCAUGUCGCGGGCGCGGCGUUGGCUGCGCGCUGGCCUGGCGCCGAUUACAUCGUGCCGGGG